AUGUACCAAGAAGUGGAUCUUUGAGUGGGAACCCUCGUUGGCCAAUUCAGCCUCCAAUGGAAACAACACAAAAAGCAAAACCCUUGCUACUUUCAAGGACAACAACAGCUACCAGCUAACUAACUAAUAUAAUAAUCAUGGGUCGAUCUCGUCGUGGCGGUGGUGGUGGUGGUCUUGGCAGUCGCCGUGCGGCUCCAGCUCCUGCUCGUCGUCCUGCCGCAGCUCCUCCUGCCCGUAAUGCAUCUACUAGCACUCCUGCUCCCAUGCAGGCACCCGCUGCUGGCGGCGGCAUGCUGUCUGGGAUUGGAUCCACCAUUGCACAGGGAAUGGCCUUUGGAACUGGUUCCGCCAUUGCCCAUCGUGCCGUCGGUGCCGUGGCUGGAAGCAUGGGAGGCGGUGGCGAAGGCGCUCCGGUCGAACAGGAACAGCAACAGUCCAUGAUGACGCAGCAGCAACCACAAUUGAUGGGUGCUUGUGCCAAUGAUAAACAAAUGUUCUACGAAUGCCUUCAAAUCAACAAGGGAGAUCAGCAGUCGUGCUCGUUCCUUUACGAACAGCUUCAGGCAUGUCAGCGCAGUGAUAAUCAAAUGUCAUUCAACUAAAUCUACGAUUGAAUUUCGAGCAAAAAUGUUAGGAGAAAGAAUAAUAUCAAUCAACCGGAUGACAGAGGAAACGUGACUUUUUAAAAACAAUCAACUGGAAAGGAAAUGUGACGUGAGUUGGUGUUGAGGUAGUGGAAGACACGUAGUAGUAAAUGGUUAAAAGCUAUUAUGAUUGAUUCAGAUCAUACCACAGGUUAAAGCGAUUAGUACUAGUAGGAUGACAAUUGAACACUG